AUGAAAUUUGCGGAAUCCGUCAGGUCAUCUCGAAGUGGUUCAGUGGAGCCUACCAGAUCGGCGUGCGGGAUACAAUGGUGUCAAUCCUGGCACAGUAGGAACGGAGCUCUUCUCUUGAAUCCACAUACGUCUCAAGGCAGGCACAAGCUCACUUCUGUCUCGCGCAAUUCGGAUGUAUCGUCUUCUAUUACAGACACACUUUGCUCGAAUAGCACAACCACAAAUGUUCCAUUACCGACCUGCCAAAUGGCUCAACCAAUUAUGUCUUUUAGAAAUCAUAUUAGGUAA